GGUUUGCUUGUCAAUAGGUUUUCAUUGUUAGUUAUUUCAGUGAUCGCAAAUUUUACCAUAACCGCAAUCAAGUGUCUAAAUCAGAAUUUAAGUGUUGCUGUACUAAACUUCCGAUUACGCUUUUGUUUACAAUUUCUCAUAGUCAUUUGCUUCUGUCGAAGUCGACAAGUCGUGAUAAAGUGUACUUGCAUUCCGGUUUGAACUGCGGUGUGCGACGGAGUAGUGACCUACGUAUUUGAACAAUCUGCUAGAACUACGUGGUGACUGUUUUAGCUGAGGUGAUUAGCAUUGCUGAGAAGGAUCAUCAGAAAAUGUUAUACAAUCACUAUAAUGACGAUCGCAGCACUGACCGCAACACAAGAGAUGACAGAGGGCCGGCUUGCAAGCAAUUCAAGAUGGACUAUACAUCAGAUAGCGGUGCUAACCGCAACACAAGAGAUCAUAGGAGGCCAGCUCGCAAGCAAUUCAAGACGGACAAGACUUGUUCAGAUCGCAGCACUGAACGCAACACGAGAGAUGACAGGGGGCCAGCUCCCAAGCGGUCCAGACCUGAUGAGUCUGCCAAGAAUGACAAGAUAGCUGCGCCAGCCAUCAAAAAGCCAGUAGUUGACCCCUUGCAGACCCGAACUGGCGGUGCUUAUAUUCCUCCAGCCAAGUUACGCAUGAUGCAGGCAGAAAUUUCUGACAAGUCGUCGGCUGCAUUCCAAAGGCUGGCGUGGGAAGCUCUCAAAAAGUCCAUCAAUGGCCUUGUCAAUAAAGUGAACGUUUCUAACAUUGGAGUCAUCGUGCGUGAGUUGCUCAAGGAAAAUGUGGUGCGUGGACGCGGUAUUUUGUGUCAGUCUCUCAUGCAAGCUCAAUCAUUUUCUUUAACGUUCACGCACGUCUACGCUGCCCUUGUCGCAGUCCUCAACAGCAAGUUCCCGCAAAUAGGCUUGCUGCUGCUCAAUAGGCUGAUCAUUCAGUUCCGUCGGGGCAUCAGACGCAAUGACAAAAGCAUCUGCCUCUCUUCCAGCCGUUUCAUUGCCCAUCUAAUGAACCAGCAGGUGGCACAUGAAGUUGUUGCUCUUGAAAUAUUGACUUUUCUGCUUGAAAAAGUUCAGGACGCAACUGAUGACUCAGAACUCGGAGAUAAAUCCCGGAACAGCUGCGCUGAGCUAGCCGCGGCGUUUCUUAGAGAGUGCGGGCAGAAGCUUCAGGAACUUAGUCCACGAUGCAUGGUUCGGAUAUUUGAAAGUUUGAAAAACAUCAUCAAUGAAGGCAAACUUGAAGAGAGAGUCAAGUAUAUGUUUGAAGCUAUCUGGACUGAAGGAAGGAAUGGUUUUAAGGACAAUCCUGCCAUUCUGGAAGAGCUUGAUUUGGUGGAAGAGGAUGAUCAAGUCACACACGUAGCCGAGUUGGAUGGCAAGUUGGAUAGCGAAGACAUUCUCAAUGUAUUCAAGCACGAUCCCGAAUUUGAGGUUAACGAAGAGAAGUACAAGGAAAUUCGAGCUAGCCUUUUGGGCGAGUCCAGCGACGGGGAAGACGGUGAGGAUGGCAGUGAGUCAUCUGGGUCGGAUAGCGACGAUGAAGAAGAUGAAGACAAAGAAAAUGCUGGUCAAGAUAUUUUGGACCAAACUGAGAGCAAUAUGCUGGCCUUCAGACGCACUAUCUACCUCACUCUAAGGUCAUCUCUGACAGUCGACGAAGCUACGCACAAAAUUCUCAAAGGGAAUAUCAAACCUGGAUGGGAGAUGGAGCUUGGUAACAUGAUUCUGGAUUGCUGUGCUCAAGAGCGCACGUUUAUGAAGUUUUUUGCUCUCAUAGCCCAGCGUUUCUGUGGCAUCAACCGCAUGUAUCGGGACUGUUUUCAGGAGAUAUUCAAGACCGCCUACGAGACUUGCCACAGACUUGACACCGACAAGAUGCGCAAUGUUGUGCGGUUGUUCGCCCAUCUCUUUGUGACGGACGCCAUCUCAUGGGAGGUUUUCAGCAUUGUUCUGCUCAACGAAGACAACACCACAAGCUCAUCCAGAGUCUUCCUCAAAAUCCUCUUUCAAGAAAUGGUUGAAUUUCUCGGUCUGAGCAAAUUGAACGACCGACUUGGUGACCCGACGAUGAGCUGCGCGUUCGAGGGCCUCCUGCCGCGCGACAAUCCCCGUAACACGCGCUUCGCAAUCAACUACUUCACCUCCAUUGGCCUCGGUGGCCUCACCGACGGCCUUCGGGAGUUCCUACGCACACAACCAAAACCAAACGCCAUCGUCGCACGCGUCAUCCAAACGGGGGAUGGUGAAGACAGCUCGAGCAGCAGCAGCAGCAGCAGCAGCAGUAGCAGCAGCAGCAGUAGCAGCAGCAGUAGCAGCAGCAGUGACAGCAGUUCUUCUGACGAUGAUUCGUCAAGUGGUGCGUCAGACGCAGCCCAAUACCGUCUGGGCGGUAAUGCCAGGCGACGACGGGACACGUCGACGCGCCGUUCUCGAGACGUGAGCGUGGACCGACGAGGCAGCGCACGAGACCAGCCUCGAAGACAAGACUCUGCAUCUAAGCGAGUCCCUGACAUCGAGACACACCGAGACCGCAGGCAUCGAAGCAGAGACGGUAGCAGGGCGAGUCGCAGGCAUCGCAGCAGAGACGGCAGCAGGGCGAGUCGCAGGCAUCGCAGCAGAGACGGCAGCAGGGCGAGUCGCAGGCACCACAGCAGAGACGGCAGCAGGGCGAGUCGCAGGCAUCGCAGCAGAGACGGCAGCAGGGCGAGACGCAGGCAUUGAAGCGCCUGCGCUUGAAUGCCGUUUUUUCAUCCCUCCCAGAUGAAAAUUAUCUAUCAUUAAAUUCUUGACUCAUGCAAUCAACUUCUUAUUUUGUUAGGACUGCAUCGUUUCGUCGAUUGCAAUUUUUUAGUAAAACUUUUUUUUAGAGUCAUUGUAUAUGUAAUUUCAUCUGAAAUAGGUUAAUUAAUCAGACAAGUUGUGAGGUACGGUAGUUCUCAUUUUUUGCAGACGUAAUUUUCAGGAAUGUGCGCAGAACAAAAUUGUAUGAUAAACAUUUCUAUGUGCAUUGCGCUCCUCAACGUUAAUCUUGAUCCGUAUCCUAUUUUUCAUCCUUAUAUAGGUAAUUUAUCUUUCUGCUGAUGCUGGAUAAAGUCAAUGUUUGAAAUGGCUUGUGAGCUCUUUUCCAAGUUCAGUUUCUAGAAAUUAAUAAUAUAUAUUGAGGGUUGAAUGCAUUGGUAGUCGAAACUUACCAUUCUCGGUCAUAUUGUAUUGCAAAUAAUGACAAGUUAUUCUCCAAAUGUCAUCCCAACUUAGCACUACGCAAUAUAUGACUGUCACUGUCAAUGCUGCACUACCACGGUAGGAUGAAUUCGUAAUAUUUUCAAUGCCAUGUCCUAUGUUCUCAUGACUGCCUAUAAAUCGAAUAAAAUUUUGCCGAGUUGGUGUAUUGUAGCA